ACCGCCUACAAAAUGAUAACCCGCCGUACAGCUGUAGAAUUGCCUGUAGAAAUUCGUGACGGUUGCCAUUCUAGCAGGCUAGAUUUAAUCGACAAUUGAUUAUUUUGUAAAUUUAUUCAAUAUGUAUGAAUAGUUGAGAUUACAGUCCAAAUAAAAAGAUACAAAUUAUGCUCGUCCAAUAAUUGACUAAUGUAAUAAAGAUUAAUAAUAAUUCCAUUCAUCGGCUUUUAGAUCAAUUCAGGCAGCUUAACUGUAAUCCCAGAUUUUCGUUUCAACACUUCAGGCAUACUGUAGAUUUCUUCUAUACUUUUCUCUGCUUUCUACAAUCUGUUUGCCUGGAUUGUACCAGCUUAUGUCGCACGAAAAUUGAUAUAUAAUCGAGCAUUGAGAAAGUUCCUUCCAGGAAGGUGCACAGUAUCAGAAUGGUGAAUGGUGCAAUCACACGUGCAAAACGUGUAACACAUCACGGUGAGAUUACACUUCGCACGUCUGUUUCAGCUGCGUCUCAGCGUACCACUUUAGUGUGUUGACAAGUGAAACGUGUACGCGUAGUGUGGUUGAGAGGCUGCUAAACAGUAGGAUUCGAACGAGUCCAAUCUCGUCAAGGAUUGUCACAGUUCCGAUGGAGAAUAACGAGACGACAUCAACUACUCAUGAUUCGCACGGUGUCACAAAUGGACGUCUAGCGAAAGAUGUAGAGGAGAUUAAAAUACCAGUACCAUGGGGCCACGUCAGCGGCAAAUGGUGGGGCUCCAAAAGCAUCCAGCCGAUAAUAGCAUUACAUGGUCGUCAAGACAAUGCUGGCAGCUUUGACACGUUAAUACCAUUGUUACCAGAUGAUGUUUCUGUUCUUUGCUUGGACAUGCCCGGGCACGGUUUAUCGUCGCAUUAUCCGAAGAGUCAAUUUUAUUAUGUCUAUUGGGAUGGUAUCAUACUUCUCCGUAAAAUAAUUGAAUAUUUCAAAUGGAAUAAGGUGAAACUGCUCGGGCACUCGUUGGGUGGUGCUAUAGGCUUUCUGUAUGCGGCAACGUAUCCCAAUGAAGUCGACUUCCUCAUAAGUCUGGACGUUGUUAGUCCACUCGUUAGGAAUGUUGAAAAAAUAGCUUCUCUUACUGGAGAUUACAUUGACAAAUUUUUGAAGUACGAUCUGCUGAUGCUGGACUGCGUACCAUGCUACGAGUACGAUGACAUGAUAACAAUAGUGGAAAACGCUUACGAGGGGUCCAUAACAAGGGAAGCAGCAGAGAUAUUAAUGAAACGCGGUAUGCAACCAGCUCACGAAAGGGGCAAAUAUUAUUUUUCCCGCGACCCGAGGCUAAAGGUUUCGUUCUUGGGCGUGCUGUCUCUGGAUUUAAUACUUCAAUUCGCAUCCCAAAUAAGAUGCCCUUACCUCAACAUUCGUGCAAUUCCCGGGCAAACUAUUCACGGUGAAAAUUAUGGGAAAGUAUUGGAGAAGGUGGAAGAAGGGGUUAGAAGAUUCGAGUAUCACGAAGUAGAGGGCACCCAUCAUGUGCACUUGAACGAACCUGAAAAGGUUGCGCCUAUAAUUAAUCGUUUUCUGCGAGAUUAACAUGCAUAAAUGUUAAUUUAUAAUUAUUAGUAGAUGCCAUUACUUAAGGACAAGGUUGUAUCAGAAAACUUUUGUGUGAUAAACGUUAGAUUCAUGUCUUUAUGCAAGAGUUACUGUAUGCUGAUGUGAAUUGCUUUACAUUGACGCACACAGUGCUAGAUUGUCAAAUUCUAAAUACUGCAUUUAUGAAAAUGAUGUGCGAUAUUUAUAUACGAAAACGAGAUAACAUCUUCGGCUGUGAUAAAGAAAAAUGUGUAGAUACAGCUAAACUGGGGAAAUAUCGAAAUAUAUCAUAUGUUUUAACUGAUGUGUUUCUAACAUAGCACUCCGCUUCCAUAAUUAUACUGAGUAAUCAAAUAAACUAUUUAAUUUAUUAACA